UCUUAUAUUAAUUAAAUAAACACUUCCUUUCUCUCUCUCUCUCAAUAUAUAUAUACACACAUACACAUAUUUGUCUCUAUUUAUACAUGCCGCAUAAAACGGUUGGAUUUAUAUCUCAACAGAACAGAAACCCAUGAUGAUGAUGGUGGUGGUCCUUUGAUGAACAUCAAUGACCCUCAUGAAUUCCAUCUCUUUCUAAAGGGUUUGUGUUAAAUCGAUCUAAGGGUAGCAAAUAUAAUAUGGAGGAAAAGAGAGAACUUGUGUAUGAAAUAGCUGAUUGGUCAGAAGGUGCAUCAGAAAUUUUGCAAUCUUGGAGCCGACAAGAGAUUUUGCAACUCCUAAGCUCUGAAGCGGGACAGGAAAGAAAAUACACGGGAGUAUCAAAGUUAAAGAUCAUUGAGGCCCUUCUUAAAAUUGUGGCCAAUAAGAAAUCACAAAGGGCCGCUAAAAAGCAGAGAACUGCAACUGAUAGUUCUUUGAUUAACAUUAUUGAUAGUGGGUCAGAUUCUACCGAGAUUAAAUUAUGCAAAAAUUUGGCAUGUAAAGCAAAAUUAAGUCAAGAAGAUGUGUUUUGUAAAAGGUGUUCAUGUUGCAUCUGUCAUCAAUACGAUGACAACAAAGAUCCGAGUCUUUGGUUGAUUUGUAGCUCAGAGAAUCCGUAUCAAGAAAAAUCAUGUGGGUUAUCGUGUCACCUUGAAUGCACUUUACAGCACAAAUUAUCUGGGAUUCCAAAAGUCGGGUGUAAUAGUGGACUGGAUGGGAGCUUUUACUGUGUAUCAUGUGGUAAAGUGAAUGAUUUGCUUCAGUAUUGGCGAAAACAAAUGAUAACAGCAAGGGACACGAGGAUUGUUGACAUUUUGUGCUAUCGUGUAUCUUUGGCCCAAAAGCUGUUAAUUGGGACCAUCCGUUAUGAAACUCUUCACAAAAUUGUCAACGAGAUAAUUCAAAAACUUGAAGCAGAUGUAGGCCCAUUGACUGGUUUGCCAGUCAAGCGUGCCAGAGGCAUCGUUAACCGGCUUCCUUCUGGUCAAGAGGUUCAGAAGCUAUGUGCAUUUGCAGUUGAGUCACUAGAUUCAAUUAUAUCUAACACACAUGAUCCUGCUGGCAAAGAAAACAAGAAAGUCAAAAGCAGUCAAAGCCUGGCAACGAACUCUAGCAGUCUUUCCUAUCCUUCUUCGGUUGAGGAUGAAAACAACAACGUUGAUGGUUACAAAGACAUGAACGAGAAACAAAUGGAAAAUUGUAAGGAAUCAGAAAAGUUGGCUCCUGAUGAUGUGAACAUUGGUGUUCAAACUGCAAAAGAGUUUGAUCAAUUUGUUAACAUGACAAAGGAUAAAUCACCCGUUACACCGUGCAAAGCAGAAAGCUCUAAAGAUGAAAAUCUUGCAAGAAUAUCGACAGCAGAACCUUCAAAAAACAAUCUUGAUAACGGGUCUUCGAAAAAGAAAAGCAGUGAAGAAGGGGAAGAUCGGGAUUUUGGAUAUUAUGUGAAGGUGAUCCGAUGGUUAGAGUGUAAACAACAUAUAGAUAAAAGUUUUAGACAGAAAUUUCUCACUUGGUACAGCUUGAGAGCGAGCCCACAAGAAAUUAGAAUUGUGAAGGUGUUUGUGGAUACGUUAAUGGAGGAUCCAGCUUUACUUGCAGAACAGCUUGUUGAUACUUUCUCUGAUGUGAUCACGAACAUGAAAUGUUCAAAGGGGCUGUGUUUGAAGCUUUUUCACUAAAAUUUCCGUAAAAGGUAUUGGAGAAAUAAGAAACUAGAUCAGGAUUGUUUUUUGCACGAUAUUUACAUUCUUCAUUUAGAUUAUCAUCAUUCAUAUUGAUCUCAUUUUUGUAUAAAAUAUUUAUGACUCAGUCUACACUUGAUUAUGAAGAUGUAUUCAACCAUCUAUCGAAUCAAAGCAAGGCUUCAUUGUUGUUCUUGUU